AUGCAGACGACGCACGCUGUCAUGUCCCUGCUUCAUCGACGCGUCUACCGUCGUCGACGCAUGCUCAUAUUGGCAUACAUGGUGUAUCAUUACUCCGCGUUCCUGCUGAAGUCGUCGAAGCGGGUGUCGAUCUUGUCCGGCGCGCUGUGGAUUGCAGAAAUCCUGAACGGGAAUGAGGAUGCCUUCGUGGAGACAUUCCGAUUGUCACGGGACACUUACGGUGGUCUGUUAUUCGACCUGGUACAACGUGGCGGGCUUCGUGGGACACGCCAUAUUUCCCCUCAAGAGCAACUUUGCCUAUUCCUGUACUUUUUUGGCCACAACGCGUCGUCGACAAACAUGCAACAACGAUUUCAACACUCCGGACAGACCAUAUCAAGGCACCUACGACUGAUUGUGCUCGCAUUGCGGCGACUACUACCGUACUACAUCCGACUGCCACCAGAAGAGAGCCCAGCACAUCGAGUGAUCACAACGAAUCCAAAGUUUUACCCCUACUUCGAAAACUGCCGCAUGGCGCUGGACGGAACCCACAUCCCUGCUUCAAAGACAGCACCAUUUCAUGAUCGAAAGGGCGUGACCAUGAACGUUCUCGCUGCGUGCGACUUUGAUUUGGUCUUCACGUUCGUGCUUGCCGGCUGGGAAGGUUCUGCCGGCGAUGGCAAGCCACGGACAAAGGAAGAGCUGUUCAACUUGCGCCAUGCGCAGUUGCGGAAUUGCAUCGAGAGAAUACUAUUUGGUAUCCUCAAGAUGCGCUUCCCAGUUCUUUCAAGUGGAGUUCGUUACGACUGCGCCUUCCAAGUCGACGUGGUGCUGGCGUUAUGUGUUGUACACAACUUCAUUCGGCUGCGUGGAAUACGAAACGAUCGAUUUGAACAAGAAGCCGACGUUCAGUUGGACGCCGUCGAUGAUGGCGAAUCCAAUCCCCCACCCAAUGCAUUGCCUCCAGAAGAACCAGAUAACAAAGCUGCAAAGGAAUGGCGUAAUUCCAUUACGUCGCGUAUGGGAGCAGUACAGUGGGAGCAGCAAUUAUCUCGAUGAGACGUCGUCGUAACCGCAGUAAUUGAUCAUUCAUGUUGCAUUCAGUCCAUGAACUUAACUUCAGCACUUACUCGUUGCGCAACUUGUUGACUUAACGCAAGAUCCACGUUUCACGUAAGGC